UUCCUGCCGGCGGCGAGUGCGGGUGCGCGCCUUGCCAUGGAGGUCAGCCACUCGCUGAAGGAACGCACCAUCGCGGAGAACAGCCUGGUCAUCCUGCUGCAGGGCCUGCGCGGCCGCGUCACCACCGUGGACCUCCGCGACGAGAGCACGGCCACGGGGCGCGUCACCAGCGUGGACGCUUUCAUGAACGUGCGGCUGUCCGAGGUGAGCUUCACGGACAGGCAGGGCACGGUGUCCCGGCUGGAGGAGCUCUUCGUGACCGGCAGGAACAUCCGAUACGUCCACAUCCCCGACGAGGUGGACAUCAGGGCCACCAUCGAGCAGCAGCUGCAAGCCAUCCACAGGGUCCGCUACUUCGGGGGCCGUGACAAGGGCAGGAGGGAGUUCCCUUGCACCAAGCACAAGUGACAAGUGACCAGCACUGCCCGCAGCUGGGCCAGGACAGAACCCCCCCUCUGACCCAACUGCUGAGCCGUGUCCUCACCUUACCCUGGACACCCAACCCCAGGACUGGGGGCUCUGCUGCUCCCCUGCAAUGCCCAAGGGGGUGGAGGGUUGGGGUUUUGUAAUUAAUAACCCCAUU